AUGAGAGCCAGAGCAAAGACCAGAGGUGACAUCUUUAACUGUCCACGACUCUUCUCCAUGUCAGAGCUCAGCACUCACAGCAACACACUGACUUUAUUCACAGGAACACACCUGGACCUGGACCUGGACCUGGACCUGGACCUGAACCUGGAUCUGGACCUGAACCUGGACCUGGACCUGAACCUGGACCCAGCUAGCGACUGGUCAAUGUAUCGUCUUAUUGAUUUUAAAUCAGUCCAGCCUCCAUCAGCAGAGAGAGUGGACCAGCAGAGCUCAGAGGUUCCCAGUGCUCAGUCUGCCCAGCAGCAUCAAACACAGCUGGACUCCAUAUUUAUGCUGCUGGAGGACAACAUGGUCACUUUUGUGAAGAAUGAGCUGAAGAAGAUCCAGAAGGUUCUGAGCCCAGAUUACCCAGAAUGCUUAGAGAGUCAGAGGGAGGAUGAGGAGUUUUUGGAGGCUGAGGAUGAAGAGCAGAGGAGCAGCAGAGAGGCAUUGAUGAAGAUCACAGUUUACUUCCUGAGGAGGAUGAAGCAGGAGGAGCUGGCUGACCGUCUGCAGAGCAAUUCAACAGCCCUUUGUCAACGUAACCUUAACAGUUGUGUGAAGAAGAGGUUCCAGUGUGUGUUUGAGGGGAUUGCUAAAGCAGGAAACCCAACCCUUCUGAAUGAGAUCUACACAGAGCUCUACAUCACAGAGGGAGGGACUGGAGAGGUCAAUGAUGAGCAUGAG